AUGGAUUCCUUCCACGAUCGAACAACCUCAAUUGAUCGUGCUUCUGUUGAAUCAAUUCUAACAGGGGCCGAUCAACCUACUGAUGUACCAAGUCCCCAUAUUGGUACUUCGCCCAAUAGAGUAAACUUCUCUACAAACCAACCACCUCGACCCAUCGUACGGCCAGAUCGUGCACUAUCUUAUACUUCAAGAAGACCAAAUCGACUUUCGCUAACUUUCCCCGUUGCUCCAAGCAAUGGCCUCGAAUCAGUCAGAGCUACUCCAACUUCAUCGAAUGCUCCAUCUAUUCCCGGCACACCUGCAGAUCCCAACGUUAUCCUAUCGCCAAAUGAUUCAAACGGUUUUCUAGUCGCCCUAGCUAGUCAGGAAAGGAGGGUUCUUGAACUUAAGGAGGAGCUCGAAAAAGCCGAAACCGAACUCAAGCAGUUGAAAAAACAAUGGGCGAAUCAUGAAGCAACAAAGAAGAGAGCAGAAAUUCGCCAUGUCGAAAAGCUUCAACCUGUGCAAACGGAGCGCGGGUCUGCUGAUGAGACCAUACUUACGACCCCCAAACAAAGUAUAGAUAUGGAUCGAAAGAAAGCUUUUCUUGCCAAUCUUCCUCACCUACCAAAAGAUCAGAAGAAUCCACGAAGGAAAAUCAUCACUGGUGGUCACACUCGCACACUUUCGCUCCUUUCCCCGGAAAGAACGACGCACGACUCUACACUCCCAGAAUCGAACGAAACAACCUCAGUCGACCUCCCAAGAAGCACAACUAUGCCGGAUACAAGCAUUGGCAUCUCUAGAGUCAACACAAAUCGAGCAAAUAGACAUUCAUACCAAGGAGGACUAGGGGUGACACAUGGAGUGAAACAGAUUACAGAAGAUGUUAAAGCUGGACUAUGGACUUUUCUCGAGGACCUUCGUCAAGCUACAGUAGGAGAUGAAGCGGUCAAUGGCACAGCGAACAAACGAUCAAGCUUGGACGCAACACAACGCGGACUAAAUAAGCGAAUUAGUAAGGGUAGUUUGCGAGGACGACGAGGAAAAUCACCAAGACCAGACCCGUCAUCACAAAGAACAUGGGAUUCCUUAACUGGUGACAAUCCCGCUCUACUAGACUUGGGAGGCGCACUAUGGCAAGACCCCGAUACUCUUGCGGCACCCAUAAAACCCACAAACGUUCAAAAGAAACGCGCAAGACCAAUUUCUUUCCCUACUGCUACCAUCGACGAUGACGAUUGGUCAAAUUGGGAUUCUCCAGCUCCUAAAUCGCCCAUGAGAUGGAGCGGCAGUUCCACGCUAUCCGGUCCAGUGACUCCUGGAAAUGCAAGCGUUGAAGAUGAAGUAAACAUUAUGGACUCGAACAACCCGCCAGACUCGCCCUCAAGAAGGGAUGAAAUCCCAUGGCCUGCUCUCGACCAAUUGAAACCGGGUAAUCUUAAGAAAACUGUAUCUACAAUCAUGAAUCAAUGGGAGAAAAGUCUUACUCCACCUCCCGAAGAAGCAACGUCUGAAGACUUUCUUACCGGUUCUCCUCGUGUUCAAGGGGGACGAGAACGAGUCGGAACCAAUUUUGCCAAGACAAAUUCUUAA